GAAUGUAUAAGGUGUCGUAGUGUAUCCUUUAGCAGAUUAUCAACUUUAUGAUUCGUAUAUGCGAUGAAGAAAUAUUUGGAGUUUCUUUUUUUAAACAAAGAGAUGCAUUAACCUCGCGGUAAAUUAUUUUGCUUUAAAAACCCCAUGACUAUUCCUUAAAUUCUCCUUGUCAACGUGCAUACUACUUGUAUUGAUAGACAAGUUUGCAUAUGGUAUGAGAAGAAAUGGAAUUCGCUUACGGUAGCAAUUGAUGUUUGCCAAUGUUUGCCUAUACGAACAAUUACAGUAAACAGGGUAGAAACGGGAAUCUAACUGAUAAGUGGAAUUCUUGUGCAACAUUAUCUUGUGAGUCCUGGAUCACUUAUAGUAAUCCCAGAAGACUUUUAGUUGGGAACUUGAAUAGAAACAAACUAUGGCUACAGAAAACUAUAAAUACAGGAAAUCUUUACCAGCUCCGGGACAUUCAGAAGUGAAUGUAAGCUCAGUCUUGUCGUUUGGAAAAGAUCUGAGCAAAAUAACAAUGCCAGUUAUAUUUAACGAACCUCUGUCUUUCCUUCAACGAGUAGCCGAGUACAUGGAAUAUUCCAAAUUAUUGAAGCAAGCAUCUUUGGAACAAACUCCUGCCGGAAGACUACAGUACGUAGCCGCUUUCGCAGUAAGUGCACUAGCUUCCAACUGGGAACGAUUGGGAAAGCCAUUUAAUCCUCUCCUUGGGGAAACGUAUGAGCUACAGCGUGAAGACUUCCGAAUACUGUGUGAACAAGUAUCGCAUCAUCCACCCGUUUCUGCGUUUCAUGCUGAUAGCGAAGAUUUCGUCUUUCAUGGAAGCAUACAUCCGAAGCUUAAAUUUUGGGGAAAAUCCAUAGAGGUACAUCCUAAAGGUGUUCUAACAGUCGAGUUACCGAAGUGGAAUGAAGCGUACACUUGGCAGAAUGUUAACUGCAUUCUUCAUAAUGUUUUGGUUGGACAAAUAUGGAUGGAACAGUUAGGUGCCUUAGAAAUAAAGCAAACUGGUGAAGCCAUGCUAACAGCUUCUUUAGCCUUUAAAAGCGCUGGCUGGAACGGCAAAGAUCUUCAUCGAGUAGAGGGUUUUAUUACAGACCAAAAUAAGAGAAAACUGUUAUUUUUAUAUGGAAAAUGGACGGAAAGAUUACGCUCAUGUGACCCAUGUUUGUAUGCCGAAACCAUUGAAAAGCUUAAGCGAGAAGCAAAAAGUCCCCAAGGAAGUCCAGGACAUAAGAAGGUUCUAGCAAGACUGCAUAGUUUAAAAGUCGGAGCAUUCAAACCCUUACAGGAUUCAAUGGAUGAAUCAUCAAGUGCUGAAGGAGAAGAUAAUCCAAGUGUGGAUGAGAUACCUGGAUCAAAAAAUUUAUGGGAAGCAACAGCCAGACCUGCUAACAGUGCUGAUUUUUACCAGUUUACUGCAUUCGCAAUGUCUCUGAACGAGAUGGAACCUGGAAUGGAAAAAAAUCUUUGUCCAACUGAUUCAAGAUUAAGACCAGAUAUUCGUAAACUGGAAGCUGGAGAUCAAGAUGGUGCAGCUGCUGAAAAAACGAGAUUGGAAGAAAAACAACGUGAUUCGCGUAAAUUGAGAAAGCACAAAAAAUGUCCAGAAUGGGCACCAAGAUUUUUUCGACAUGAAGUCAAUCCAUACACCGGCCAAGAGGACUGGUUAUAUCAAGGCGGUUAUUGGGAUCGGAAUUAUUCAGAUGUCGAAGAUAUAUUUUAAUGAUAAUUCAUUAUAAGUUUUUAAUUCCAGAAGAAGAAUUCAUAUGAGUUGAGAGAAAUAUUUAAAUAAUAACGGAGUCUGGUGGUCGCAGAAGGAUAUCUGGGACGAAAGACAAGAGAGGGUCCUAAGAUUUGAUGUGUAAAAAAAACUAGUGAAUUAGGUUGCUCAUAUAGUGUACAUGUAUAUUGUAUAUUUCACGAGAUGAAAAACCAAUCUUCCAAGAUCUUAGAUCUUUUAUUCCAAGAAGUGUGUGUAUUACAUGCCAGAAAAAUGUACAAUUGCGGUUCAGACAAUGUAUAAAAAAAAGAGAAUUAAAGUUAUAUGUUGUA